UGUUAGCUAACCUGUCCUUUUCUGUAGACAAAAACGCACAUAUGCGGCCUCAUUGGACUUUCUUUAAGCGGUGUCCAUUGGCUUCUCCAUCUGCUUUACAGCAAACACAUCUUCCUUAAUUCUACGCUCCCAACACCUCUCAUCACUACUUCAACAGUGGGUUUCAGCAUCACUCGAUUCACCACCAACAAAUGGCGGAGGCAGUUCUCUUCAACGUUGCUGCGAGUAUCAUUACGAGUUCGGGCUCUCUUGCUUGCCAAGAGAUUGGACUGCUUUGGGGUUUUAAAGAUGAGCUUAAAAAGCUCAGGAACACGGUUUCCACCAUUCAAGCUGUGCUUUUGGAUGCGGAGGAGCAGCAAGCCCAUAACCAUGCGGUCAAAGAUUGGCUUGGAAAGCUCAAGGAUGCCAUGUACGAAGCCGACGACUUGCUGGAUGACUACUCCACUGAACUUCUACGACGACAAGUCAUGACACAGGAUAACAACGCAAAACAGAUACACAUCUUCUUUUCCAAAUCGAACCAGCUUGUUUAUGGCCAUAAAAUGGGUUAUAGGAUCAAGGCAGUUAGAGCAAAACUGAAUGAAAUCGCAGAAGAUAGGAAGAACUUUAACUUCACGCCGCGCCUUAUAGAGACACAGCUUGAGCAUAGGAGGAGAGAAGAUACACACUCAUUUGUACCCGAGGAAAAAGUCAUUGGGAGAGAGGACGAAAAGAAGGCUGUUAAAGCGUUGUUAUUCAAUUCCAAUGUGCGAGAGAAUGUUUCCAUUAUUCCGAUAGUUGGGAUUGGUGGACAAGGAAAGACUACGCUUGCUCGGUGUGUGUACAAUGAUGAGGAGGUCCAAAGGCAUUUUGAUCUGAGGCUGUGGGCAUGCGUCUCUGAUCCUUUUGACGUAAAAUCUAUUGUUCAAAAGCUCAUAGAAUUAGCAACUAGGAAGAGACCUGAAAGUCUUGAGAUAGAUCCGUUGCAAAUUAAGCUUCGAGAAACAAUUGGUGGGAAGCGAUACUUACUUGUUUUAGACGAUGUAUGGAAUGAGAAUUCGAAUAAAUGGUCCGACUUGGAAGAUCUGUUGGUGGGUGGCUUGAGGGGAAGCAAAGUUUUGGUUACCACACGGAACGGAAAAGUUGCAAACAUUACACACACAGCUUCACCGUAUUUUUUGGGAGGUCUAUCUGAAAGCAAUUCUUGGGAAUUAUUUAAGAAAAUGGCAUUUAAAGAUGGUGAAGAGCCAAAGAAUCCAAAGCUAGUGGAAAUUGGAAGGGAGAUCGUAAAAAAGUGUGCACGAGUUCCUCUUGCUAUAAGGAGCAUAGGGAGUCUAUUAUCUUUCGAAAAUUCAGAGGCUAAAUGGCCAGAGUUUCAAACCAAGAAACUUUACGAAAUAAAUCAACAAGACAUUGAUAUUUUCCCAAUACUUAAGUUGAGUUAUGAUCAUCUCCCGCCACAAUUGAAGCAAUGUUUUGCCUUUUGUUCGCUGUUUCCAAAAGAUUAUAAAAUUGAAGUGGAGGCGUUGAUUCAACUAUGGACAGCUCAAGGCUUUAUUCAUUCGUCAGACAGAACGAAACGUCUUGAAGAUGUUGGUCGCGAGUAUUUUAUGGAUUUGCUUUGGAGGUCGUUUUUUCAAGACAUAGAAAGAAAUAAAGAUGGUGAUAUAGAACGUUGCAAAAUGCAUGACCUUAUACAUGAUCUUGCACAAUUUGUAGCAGGGGAUGAGUGCUUAAUUUCAAAUCCAGAUGCAGUAAAAGUAGUUGAAAGAACUCGCCAUGUGGCAUUCGAUUCUUUAAAUUCCUUAUGGGAUAUUUCAGCUCCCUUGCUCGAGGCAAACAGACUGAGAACGCUUCUUCUACGACCUUCGGUACAUGCAUUCUUGAUGCCAAAACUUGAUUGUAAUAGGCAAGUCUAUGAUACACUUAUUACAAGUUUUAAAUGCUUGCGUUCCUUGAAUUUGAGUGACUCAUACAUUCAAGAAGUGCCGAAUUCCAUUGGUAAGUUAAAGCAUCUAAGAUAUCUUAAUCUUUCUUGGAAUUAUCAUAUCAAACUACUCCCUCCUUCUAUAACUAUAUUGCAGAAUUUGCAAACACUAAUACUUGAACAUUGUCGUGGGCUUAAAGAAUUGCCAAAAGACACUAGAAACUUGAUCAGUCUUAGGCAUCUUGCGCUUGAUGGGUGUCUCAGAUUGAUUCAAAUGCCACAUGGACUAGGAAAGUUGACCGAUCUCCAAACACUGUCGUUUUACAUUUUAGGGAAGAAGGAAAGUUCUGUUCCAAAGCAAAAGGGUGGGCUAAGCGAUCUGAAUGGUUUAGAUGAGUUGAGAGGAAGCUUACGUAUCAAGGGUUUAGAGCACUUGAGAUAUUCUCCAUUAGAAGACACGGCUGCAAACUUGGAGAGGAAGCAAUACCUUCGAAUACUGGAAUUAGAGUGGGACCCUUUUCAUAUAGAAGCUAGUUAUGAUAGUGAUGAGGCAAUUGCAAAUGAUGAACAACUGUUGCAAAACCUUCGGCCACACCUAAAUUUGAAAGAAUUAAGUAUAGAAGGGUAUGCAGGCGUGAGGUUUUCCGGCUGGGUCUCCUCGCUCUCGAAUUUGGUUUCAAUUACCAUAAGAAACUGUAAAUGGUGCCAACAAAUCCCACCAUUGGAUCGAUUCCCUUUUCUCGAGUAUCUUUCUCUUGAGAACUUGAGUGCGCUGGAGUACAUAAGCAAUGAUGCCAGUGACGUGUCCUCUUCUUCCCUCCAAAGCCUCUCGCUUAGGGGAUUGCCAAAGUUGAGGGGAUGGUGGAGGAUGAGGGAAGCAGUAACAACAGAGCAUGAGCAAAAUUAUAAUCUUCCAUUAUUCCCAUCAUUUCCAAGUCUUUCUCGUUUACUUAUCAGUAAUUGCCCUAUAAGGUCCAUAAUGGCAGACGUAGCAACACCCUCCUCUUCCUCUCCCUUUUCCACUCUCUCCAAAUUGAAGUAUCUUUGUCUUUCUUAUUUAGAGCAACUUGAAUAUCUGCCAGAGGAGUGGCCUCAAAACCUAAGUUCUCUUGAGGUUCUGAAUAUUUGGGCGUGUCCUAAACUAAAAAUAUCUAUGUCUCCACACUUUCAACAUCUCACCGCGCUUGAAUAUAUGUCGAUUAAAUACUGCAAAGAACUUAUCAGCAAUGAGGAAGAAGAGGGCGCGCAAUGCCUUGGACCUACAACACUUCGUCGGCUACAAAUAGACAGUGUUACAAGCUUGGUGUCUCUCCCAAGGGAGCUUAGACAUGCUACUGCCCUGCAAUGGCUUGAAAUUUGGAACUGCCCUAGUUUGGUGUCUUUACCAGAGUGGAUAGCCGACCUCACUUCACUUCAGACACUUCAGAUCGGCAAUUGUUACAAUUUAAUAUCAUUGCCUGAAGCUAUGCGCCGCCUCACGUCUUUAAGUCGUUUGACAAUUUGUGAGUGUCUUCGCUUGGAGGAAAGAUGUGAAGAAGGAAUAGGCGAGGAUUGGCCAAAAAUUGCUCACAUCCCGAACGUUUCGAAUCAGUGGGGUUUCGGCUAUUCGGAUGGGUGGGAUCGAUUAUUGUUCUUCUAAUAAGAAAUUGAAGUCUCCAAAUCAGCGGAAGAGAAAUUUGAAGAAAGUCUCGCAGAAGGACGUUACUAUGCAUCUCUGCGAGACAUGCAUAGAAAAGCAUCAAUUCAUUGGGAGAUUUCUGCAAUAUGCUCGGAUAUGUGAGCCUCAUUGUUGACAAAACAAUGGACACUAUCCAGAGCACUUACAUGAUGAGGAAGUUCGGGUUAUUCCACUUGCUUGAAAGCAUUUUAAUCCCAAAAGACAGUGAUAAUGCUUGCUUGUCUUCAAGUGAAUUUGGCUAUUUUGCUCCAAGGGUACUGACUGGAAUUGAAGAUCAUUUUAUCCAACCACUCUGUUUAUGUGUCUCUUGUAAAAGGGGUGACAAAGCUGAGUCGUCAACAGAGUCUGAGCCUAUGGAUGCAACAACAAAUGGUGCUGCUUCUCAUCCCAAGAUUGAGUCUUUUUUUUUGUCCUUCUUUUUUCAACCCCCUAGUGAAUUUUGGUACUUUGUUCAACCUUGGCACUCCUAUGAUAGGAGUAGUGUAAUUAAAGUUGAUUCUAGUUCCAACCGUAAAUCAUCAAACUUGUUAGGGCAUUGGCUUUCACUUGCUCUUAUUGGAUGUGUACCUUUGGCCGCAGCACCAUCUAUACAUGGACUUGUAAAGUAAAAUUUCAUUGAACUUGGUGGAUUUUCAGUGUUAUAUAACCCAAACUAGUGAUCAUCCUCCUUUUUCUUUUCC